UUAACGUCACGUGCACACUACGAUAUCGAUACACAUUUGUUCUUGUUUCAUUUUCACAUUUUUAUAACCUUAAAUUAUUUAUAUUUCUUCAAUGAAAUAAUUAUGAUUGUGAAUGUAUAUAACUUAUAAGUGAGCUAAAACUGUUAAAAUUGCUAUUACUGUCUGUGGUUAAUAUAUUUUUAAGUGUCUAUAAAAAUGGGAAAACGUAAAGGAAAGUGUGCAAAAAAGAAUCCUGCCAGUAAACAGGCUUUGGAACCCGAACAUUUGGUGAAGGCGCCUCACUCGUUUGUAAUUCAUCGCGGACAAUGCAGUAAGGACCUCAUAGAAUUAACUAAGGACUUCAGAAAACUUAUGGAACCGUUCACAGCAUCGCAACUUAAGGAGAGAAAAAAGAACACUAUCAAGGAUUUUCUGUCUGUGUCUGGCUACCUUCAUGUCUCUCAUAUGAUAGUAUUCACCGAGACCGAGCUUGGAACGUAUAUGAGACUAGCACGGCUGCCGAGAGGACCCACACUCACAUUUCGUCUUCAUAAUUACAGCCUCGCUCGUGAUGUGAUAUCCUCUCUCAAAAAGCAAUAUGUAAUUAUGAAGGCAUUUCAAAAUGCUCCUCUGAUUGUGCUCAACAGUUUCUCAGGUGAAGGAAUGCACAUGAAGCUGAUGGCGACCAUGUUCCAAAAUAUGUUUCCUACAAUUAAUAUUACCACAAUGGUGCAAGGUAAAAUACCCAAUCUAAACAGAUGUCGAGAUAUGUCUGAAUUCUUCGAUAAGGCAGCCUUAUUAUCGGAAAGUGAGUUUGAAGACGAUCCCAACUCCCAAGUGGUGCUGCCUCAGACAUUGUCCUCUAGAGGCGCCGCAGCGGACUCCAAAUCAGCUAUUAGGUUAUUCGAAUUAGGGCCUAGGAUAUCUUUCCAACUUAUCAAAGUAGAAGAUGGAUUAAUGGAUGGUGAAGUACUGUUUCAUGAGUUGGUGGAGAAAACAGAAGAAGAGAAAGCAUUGAUAAAGAAGAAACGAGAAGAGAAGAAGCGUCAAAAGGAGAAGCGUAAAGCCCAGCAAGAAGAAAAUGUGAAACGGAAACAGCAACACAAAGAGGAGCUUAAACAAAAAGCUCUCGACGGAAUAAAGAGAAAGAAAGAGAUGACGGAGAGUCAGAGGUUAAUGGAAUUGGCUGCGGCUGAAUCUCAGAACCCAGCGGACGUGGAGGAAGACGAAGAUGACGACGCUGAAUAUUAUAGGAAGGAGGUCGGCGCUGAGCCCGAGCAAGAUCUGUUUACGGAAAAACGAAAACGUAAAAUUGAAGACGAUUCCAACAGAGGUUUUAAGAAGAUGAGAUUAGAUAAGAAGUUAAAGAAAAAAUUCCAAAAAAAUCAAGACACUGGUAAAAAUGUCCAAGAUGGAAACAAGAGAAACCAGGAACACGGUAAACAGAGGUUUAAAAAAGACAAAGAGGGUGGUAGAAAGAAAUUUAAUAAGAGACCAGAAGAUGGUAGAAAAAAACAGAAAGGGCCUUUCAAUAAACAGAAAAAGGUAUUUGGCGGGAAAGUCAAUAAAUUUAAUAGAGGCAAAGGCCGAGAAGGUAAACCUAAGGGUAAAGGAAAAAAUAGAAAAUAGUAAUAAAUUAUCUAUUACAAAUUGA